AUGUCAGGCCGCACGAACAAGCAUCCGAGCCGCGUCGUCGUCCGCGCCGACGUGCGCCUCCUCCUCGUCACCUUCAUCGUCGUCGCAACCGCGGCCACCGCAUGCCCCACCGACCAGGCCUCGGCGCUGCUGCGGCUGGGGCGAUCCUUCCAGCAGCCGGGCCUGAACCUGCCGUCCUGGCGGGCGCGCACGGACUGCUGCCGCUGGGAGGGCGUCUCCUGCGACGCGGCCUCGGGGCGGGUCACGGCGCUCGACCUCGGCGGCCACGGCCUGCGGAGCCGCGCCGGCCUCGACGGCGACUCCCUCUUCCGGAUCGUCACCUUGCGGCGCCUCAGCCUCGCAGGCAACGACUUCGGCGGCGCCAGCCUCCCGGCGGCCGGGUUCGAGCGGCUCGCCGAGCUCACCCACCUCAAUCUCUCCAACGCGGGGUUCGCCGGCCAGGUGCCCGUCGGCAUCGGCAGCUUACGCAAGCUCGUGUCCCUCGACCUCUCCUCCGUUGAUGACCAACUUACCUCCCUCACGCCGUUGGAGUUCAAGGAACCGAGCUUUAGAGCCGUCAUGGCCAACCUCACCAGCCUGCGGGAACUCCACCUCGAUGGGGUGAGCAUGUCCACCGCGUCGGCCGGAGACUGGUGCGCCGUCCUCGCGGACUCCACCCCGUUGCUCCGGGUGCUCACCAUGCAGUCCUGCAACCUCUCGGACACCAUCUGCCCGUCCUUCUCGCGCCUCCGGUCGCUCGCCGUCGUCGACCUCUCCAACAACAACCAAGGCUACUCCGACUACGGGUCGGUGAUCGCCUUAUCCGGGCCGAUACCCGAGUUCUUCGCCGAGUUCCAGCACCUGACCGUCCUUCAGCUCUCCAACAACGACCUCAACGGCUCGCUUCCUCGCAGCAUCUUUCGGCUGCCGAGGCUACGGGUGCUCGACGUGUCGUCCAACUCCGACCUCGCCGGCAGCUUGCCGGAGCUCCCAGCCGGCAGCUCCUUGGAGAUUCUCAACCUGAAAGAAACACAAUUUUCUGGUCAAAUACCGAGCUCUAUCGGCAACCUGAAACAUCUGAAGGCUCUGGACAUUAGCGGGAGUAAUGGGUUCCGGAGGCAUUCCCGCUUCGAUCGGUGA